UUUCUUGUAUUUCUUUCUUUGACGGGACGCACAGCACAGACUCCCCAUGUCCUGGGAGACAAAUAUUCUUGGCUCAGCCAUGAAUAACUGUGUGCUCCUGGAGGAACUGCUGAUCAAGAAAUCCCAGCAGAAGAGAAGGACUUCACCCUCCAACUUUAAAGUGCGCUUCUUUGUCCUGACCAAAUCCAAGCUGGCUUACUACGAGCAUCGCCACGGGAAAAAAAGGACUUUAAAGGGUUCUGUGGAACUUUCCAGGAUUAAAUGUGUGGAAAUUGUGAAAAGUGACAUCAUCAUUCCCUGUCAGUACAAAUACCCUUUCCAGAUUGUCCAUGACAGCUACAUCCUCUACGUGUUUGCCCCCAACCGCGAGAGCCGGCAGAGAUGGGUCCUCACGCUGAAGGAAGAAACCAGAUACAACAACAGUUUGGCUUCAAAGUGUCAUCCAGACUUUUGGUUAGAUGGCAAGUGGAGAUGCUGUGCUCAGACAGAGAAGAUGGCAGUUGGCUGUGUGGUAUAUGACCCCACCAAAAACGCCUCAAAGAAACCUCUUCCUCCAAUUCCUGAAGAUAACUGGAAAUUGUUGCUGGACCCAAAGGAAGCUGUGGUCAUAGCCAUAUAUGACUAUGAAGCCCAGAACCCACAAGAGCUGACAUUACAAUAUAAUGAGGAAUAUUAUGUGAUUGACAGCUCUGAGGAACAUUGGUGGCUGAUUCAAGAUAAGAAUGGGCAUGAAGGCUACGUGCCAAGCAGCUACCUGGUGGAAAAAUCACCCGAGAAUCUGCAAGUUUAUGAGUGGUACAACAAGAACAUCAGCAGAAGCAAAGCAGAAACACUGCUCAGGGAUGAGGGUAGAGAAGGGGCCUUCAUGGUGAGAGAUUCGAGGCAGCCUGGCAUGUACACAGUCUCUGUUUUCACCAAAGCACUAAGCACGGACAACAAUCCUGUUAUAAAGCAUUAUCACAUCAAUAAGACAACUGACUUUCCCAAGCGAUACUACCUGGCAGAAAAGCACGUGUUUGACUCCAUCCCUGACCUCAUCAACUACCACCAGCACAAUGCAGCAGGUCUCGUGACACGGCUGCGAUACGCGGUCUCUUCCUGGAGGAAACAGGCUCCCAUCACCGCAGGGCUCAGCUACGGAAAAUUGGUCAUUAAUGCCUCUGAGCUCACCCGUGUGCAGGAGAUUGGCAGUGGUCAGUUUGGGGUGGUCUACCUUGGCUACUUGCUGGGCAAGACCAAAGUAGCCAUAAAGACCAUCCGUGAAGGAGCAAUGUCUGAGGAGGAUUUCAUCGAGGAAGCCAAAGUCUUGAUGAAGCUGUCUCACCCCAAGCUAGUCCAGCUUUAUGGUGUGUGCUUUGAGGAUGCUCCCAUCUGCCUGGUGUUCGAGUUCAUGGAGAAUGGCUGCUUGUCCGACUACCUCAGGAGCCAGCGGGGCAGCUUCUCCACGGAAACCCUGCUGGGGAUGUGCCUGGAUGUGUGUGAAGGAAUGGCUUAUCUGGAGCAAAACUCUGUCAUCCACAGAGACCUGGCUGCCAGGAACUGCCUGGUGGGGGAAUCCCACGUGGUCAAAGUGUCCGACUUUGGGAUGUCGAGGAUUGUCCUGGAUGAUCAGUACACCAGCUCCACAGGUACCAAGUUUCCAGUCAAGUGGUCUGCCCCAGAGGUUUUCUCCUACAGCAACUACAGCACCAAAUCUGACGUUUGGUCAUUUGGAGUGCUGAUGUGGGAGGUCUUCAGUGAAGGUAAAAUCCCCUAUGAGAAUCGCACCAAUGCAGAAGUGGUGGAAGAAAUCAACGCAGGAUUUCGGCUCUACAAACCCAAGCUGGCCUCCAAGACCAUUUAUGAGGUGAUGAGCCACUGCUGGAGGAUGGGGAAAGAUGAGCGGCCAUCCUUCUCUCUUCUGCUGUUUCAGCUGAGUGAAAUCUCUGAGUUUGAUGUGUAAUCAUGGCACUGUGUGCUCAGCACAGCUGAGUGUCCUGAGAAGAGAGAAGGCUGGAUUUUCCCCAACACAGCAUUAACAGGAAUCCUCUCACCAUGAACAUCUGCCAUAUGCCUGGGGAGGAGAGGGCAGAGGCUGGUACUUCCAGACAAACAAGAUAUCCCCAGGUCUUCCAGAGCUUAGACAGACACAGGCUUUGGUUUGGCCAAGAGUGUGGUUUGCAUCUUAAAACCAGAAGUGACUAUUGAGCAUGGAGUCCUGAACCACACAGUCCAGCAAGGGAGUUUCUCCCGAAGAAACAGCCUUAAAAUUAAGAGAUCUGAAAUUGCUGUUCUACUUCUGUGAACUCCCAAAUGAAGGUCUUCCCUGGAGGGAGAUUAAAACAAAGCUUUCUUUAAGUGAGCAGGAAUGUUUAGACAUUUCCCUGGAUCUCUAAUUCAGAGUGGGCUGGACCUGAAAGCUCUGAACAGGAAUAAGCCUGGGAGACACAGGCUGGAUUCAGUGGCUGCAUUUCUGAUGCUGGUAUUUCAAGGUGGUUUUGUUUUCCCUUUGCAUGAUUUUCCCCACAGCUGUGGCAUAACAGGAACAGGAUUUGGAUACCUGGUAAGGUGAAACAGUGUCUUUGUGUGCAUGUGAGUUUGUAAGGGAGGAAGAGAAAAAGAAAUGUAUAUGCUGAAGAGUCUUGAAAUUCUCUCAAAUUGCAUUGUACAGUGAGUGGGAAAAUGGGACUCUGAUGCAAAUGAAGACAUUCUUGGAGGGGGGAAAUCAAAGCUAAAUGUUUAUAUUGAUUUUUUCUUCAGUCUUUCUACAUCAGAAGAUUGAUAUGUGAUCUCCACCCAAUUUCUUUGAACAAAGUAUGGAGGACUGAGAAGUGCAGUGUGUUAUGUGUUCCCAGUCCAGGACUAGACAGAGCCCCAGGAUCUGAUUACCUGUGAAAGAUACAGGAAUCUACUCCUGAACACCAGUUCAGUAUUGGGAAUGAAGGAGCCAGAGGGCUCAGGAAGGAGUGAGGAGGAGAAAACAAGCAGAGUAUGUGCUCAGUCACCGCUGAUCAUGAGAAGAAUUUUCUCCUACAUUAAAAAGUAACAGAAUCACCACAAGUAAAGACUUCUCCAUCUCUUCUGUGAGCAAAGGCGGUGAACAAAGAAAAAGUCCAGUGUGAAUGGCCUGCCUGGGUUCUUCCUCCUCAAGGAAGUUCCACAUUUUGUGGUGACAGCAGAAGGUAUAAACAAAACCCAUUCCUGGUAUUUCAAUUAAAAUCUGCAAUUUGACUGCAAGACAGAGACACCAUUUUGACAUAACUGACUUCAAACCCAAAUGUGUGGGUGUUGGUGUCCUGCAGAACUUGUAAAUAAGAUCAGGACUUUUUGCUAAGCAUUAACAGUCACUAGGGAAGUCAAGAGGGCUCACAGAUAAUAUAUACAGAUAUGCAAUAAGUAUUUUUGAUGCUUCUCUCCUUGGGCAGGUGAGAAUACAACAGCACCUU